CACAAAGUCAUGAACAGGAUUCCUGCAUGACUUUCUUCCUGUAGUGUUCGUAGUUCGCUAAAAUAUUUGAUUGCCUACUACAUUAUUUUAUUCUAGCCCAGACAACAAUAAUUACCACAUCCACAAAGUCUUAAAAAGGGUUACUGCGUCUGCAUGACUUCCUUCCUGUUGCGUACAUAGUUCGCUAAAAUAUUUGAUUUCCUACUACAUGAUUUGAUUCUAACCCAGACAAGAAUAAUGAAUCUGCAAUUCUAGGCUCGAGGCUGGACAACCAAGUAGCCUACGCAAGGAAACUUUUUAGUCUGUGGAGGAAUAGGCUAGACCUCUCCUGUCCUGCACUAUGGAUAAAAAAAACAGAUCUACAUUACAAUUUUAUGAGAGAAAUUGUGCCUUGUGGGAAUCAAGACAUUUAGACAAACAGUGAGCGGCAGCUGCUACAGAUUCAGCUUCCUCUUUUUCUGUUGAGAGUAUCAGGGAAACUUUUGGUGUGUUAUAUUUGCAAUUAUAGUACAUUUUUUGUAGUUAUAUACUGUAUUUAACUUUUAUUUUAUACUUCAUUCAUGAGCGUACAUGUUUUAUGUGAUCAACUCUCUGUUAAGUGCUUACUGUGUAUACAGAACAGCACAUCUAUUAAAAGAAAGAAAUCAAUCAAAUGUGAAGGAUAUUAGGGUACAUUUUUUCUUAUUGGAGGUACAAAAUUGCAAUAGUCUGGAGGUAUGAUGUCAAGAGCAUGUAUGGUUGGUUCCGUCGACUCUUAGUGAAACCUAAAAGAGAGUCUCCACAGAGCAGCCCGUCUCCACAUGUACCGGUCAGGACCCCAUCCCCUUCUGUCGAUGGUGCCUUAUCAUUGGCUACCACCUCCACUCCUAACCCACCACCACCUUUUCUGAGCUCCACGAUUCGUUGGAGCCAGACCUACGACGUGUGUGUGUGCCAUAGCCCUGUGGACAUUGAAGAAGCCAUCCGUCUGGCCUCUUACCUGGAGAACCCGCCAUGUGGCCUGCGCUGUUUCCUGCGGCAACGUGACGCCAACGUGGGGGGUGCCAUCCCCACUGAGCUAUGCCAGGCUGUGCAGAGCAGCCAUUGCUGGGCCCUUCUCAUCACCCCCAACUUCUUGCUGGAUGACUGGUGCCAGUACAUGAUGCACCAGGUGCUGUCUGAGGGGCCCAUGUCCAACCGGAUCAUUCCCCUGGUCCUGAACCUGCCUUACUCUCAGUACCCAAAGGAGCUACGCUUUUACUACUACAAGGACCUGAGCAAGAACCCAGAGCGAGGCUACACACAGGUGUACAAGACGGUGCUGAAGUACUUGGAGGACAUGGUUGAAGAAGAUGCUGAUAAAGUUGAUUGCAACAUGGAUAGUACUAGCAACAUAUUGGAAGGGGCAUCCUGUUCUCCAAGGACAAAACUGUCAUCAAACUAUCAGCAUUCUGCGCCUCUGCUUUCACUUCAAGAGAUUGAGAGGACAGAUGCUGCUGAUUCACAGGGCUAUUGUAAAUCGCAUGAUAGCUAGAAUAAAGAGGGUUGCUGACUGACUUAGGGAAAUCCCCUUAUGAAAAACACCCCACUGGGCACACACUGUUUGAAUCAACGUUGUUUCCACAUAAUUCAAUGAAAUUAUUUUGAACCAACCUAUAAUAGAUGUUAAAUUUACAUCUGUGCCCAGUGGGACUGCAAUGGUUGAUUGAUCUGACAUGAUCACAAUUAACUUAUUUUUUGUAUCAAGUUUCUUAUCAACAGAUGUAAAUAUUAAUACAUCUAAUCCAUGUUAUUGUGUGCAGACUUGCGAUCUCAAUGUACACUGAUUCACACAUGGUGCUCAAAAGCCAGUGUUAUGUGCAAUAGAAACCUACCUGGACAGGGUUUUCAGUGGAAUAAUAUGUAACCCAACAUGUGAGAGUGAUGCAAGAUAGUAGGACAGAACAUCCCUUUGGGACCAUUGAUGUUGCUUUGAUAUGUCAUAACCAAUUAUGUGUAAACCCUGGAUGACUGACAGGGGGCACUGUAUUGAAGCCACCGGGCAGCCAUCUUGGCACUCCUCCUCAAGUGUAAAAAAUAUUUUGGUUAUGACAUAUCAAAGUAUAUAAGCUAUAGAAAUGUAUUUAUUAAUGUCUACAUUCGUGUUUGAUAUGUUUAUUCUAUUAAAGACACCUUA